CUCAAAACAACAUGGCUUCUCUAUCCGCGGUAUCUGGGUCGCAGACGUCGUCCACCAGGGCUGGAGCAGCGUUCUCAAUGAAGACAAACUCGGAAAUGAUCGUGAGACCUCUGCUGUUCCACAUAUAUCUGCGCUCUAACCCCUUCGCAGCUGCUUGGCUCGACCACAGCCGUGACCUCCUCCACAUGGUCAACACGUUUCGCAAGCAAAUGCCACGCCCUAUCAUCGGCAUUGGUCACAGCAUGGGCGGGUGUCAACUCGCAAACCUCGCCUUAAUCCACCCACGCCUCAUGGAGACCUUGGUUCUCAUCGACCCUGUGAUCCAGCGCAUGGUCUCCGUAAGUGGCAACGUCUCGCCCGCCUAUUCUUCCGCCAUGCGACGCGACCGAUGGCCAUCCCGCGAAGUUGCCGCAACAGCCAUGAAGAGAAAUAAAUUUUACCAAACGUGGGAUCCCCGCGUAUUUGACCGAUGGAUCCAGUACGGUUUGCGAGAGCUUCCUACUCGGUUAUACCCGGAGUGUUCAAGCACGCCUGGACCAACACCCGCUGCUGUAUCCGCAGAACCUACUGCCACCCCAGUAGCACCUCAACCCAAGGAAGUCACCCUAACGACAACAAAACACCAGGAAGUAAUGACUUUCCUACGACCCAAUUUCCCCUUUCGGCCCGGAGACUUAGAACCUUCGUCGUCAGAAUACAGUCUUACCAAUCCCACCGCUCUUAACCGGCGAACACAUCCGGACCUCUCCCCUGGGCCAAAAGCACAAGCUCCCUUCUAUCGCGGCGAAUCGAUACUAACAUUCCAUCAACUCCCACAUCUCCGUCCCUCGGUAUUGUACAUCUUCGGAUCGCAAUCUUUCUUAACGACGCCAGAGAUCAUUAAAGAGAAGAUGGAUCUAACAGGAACAGGUGUCGGGGGUUCUGGCGGCGAGCCAGAAGGAAGAGUCAAGAACGUCAUGAUCCAGGAUACCGGACAUCUAAUCCCUAUGGAAAAGGUAGAAGAGACUGCUUCUGAGGUUGCUGGAUGGAUUGCGAAGGAAAUGGUGAGGUGGAGAGCUCAUGAGAAGUUAACGGAGCAGGAGUGGGGGAAAAGGAGAGGGUCAGAGCGAUCGAUCAUGACGGAGAGAUUCGUAGAGGAGUUGCAGAGUACGAUGAAAGGGCAUAAGAGGCCGCAGAAGAAGGAGAGUGAAGCGAAGCUGUGAGCGAGAUUCAGGGAUUUGAGUGCUUGUUUGUGGACAGGGGUUUGGGGGGUUAUGUACCCGGGAACCCGCGCACAAUAGACCACUUGAUAGAAUCGCAAGACCCAUCUGUUUAUUGCAUGCCUUGGAGGGCAGACUUUAGAAGCAAUAGGGGUGUUGCAGAUUGCUCCUUCUCUGUUCUUCCUCCUUCAUCUGGCUUGACAUCCUAUUAUCUUGCUUUGUUAAACUUAUGAUAACUAGGAAUCCCAACGUCGC